AAGUAGGAAGGUUGGAAGGCCUGGACCAAUCGAAAAGAACCACAUGGUCGAGUGUCGCGUCACUUUACGUCCGUGUUCGUUGAUCGAAAAAGGUAGAAACAAGUAGAACGAUACCUACAUCCACGGGAGUUAUGUCGGGACUGGUUGAUCGAAGAAAAUUUCAAACGAAAGCAUGUUGGUGUCGCGUGGAAACUUUGUUUACGCGUUCGACGAGAAGUCCCCGUACGUGAAGGAUAAUAGGAGCCAAGAGAAUGCGAUCAACGUUAUGACGGCAAAUCGGAUCGUUGUGUUUCUCGUAUUUGUGUCCGGUGUAGCGGUUGCUGUCAUCGGCACCCUGCUGUCCCAAUACAUUCGAAGUGCAUCCAAAGGUUUACCAGAACCAUACUCCCUUUCAGACUAUGACUUUCGCCACGUAUUUAUUCCGUUGCCCUCGGAGGGGACGUUGGACCUGUACGAUGAAUCCACCUUGGGCGUAGCGUUACCCACCUCGUCCCAACUGGAUCAACUGAAAAUGCAAAAUAACGCUAGGACCACCGCGGAGGCGUUAACGUCGUUGCACUUGGCGCUGGAGAUGAAAUUAUCUGGAAAGCAAAAGAAAGCGGUGAAAUUGUUUCAGCAUGCGGUGGCACUGGCCCCUCGUCAUCCAGAUAUCUUGAAUCAUUACGGAGAGUUCCUGGAACACACGCAAAACGAUGUAAUCAAAGCGAACGAGUAUUACGUACGAGCAUUGACUUACCAACCGAAUCACGAGGGUGCCCUGAUAAACAGUCAGAGAACAGCCCGGGUCGUGGAAGAGUUGGAUCGAAGAAUGCUCAGGCGUAUAGACGAGAAACGAAACGCGUUGUCGGCUAUACCGGAUAACAACGCGGCGUUGAUUCGCGCGAAAAAGGAAGCUUACUUCCAGCAUAUCUAUCACACCGUUGGCAUAGAGGGAAACACGAUGAAUCUGGCUCAAACCAGAGCGAUCGUUGAAACGCGAACCGCGGUAGCUGGUAAGAGCAUCGAUGAACACAACGAAAUUCUAGGUCUCGACGCCGCGAUGAAGUACAUAAACGCGACGCUGGUCAACCGAGUCGGAUCUAUUUCCAUCAAAGAUAUACUUGAGAUCCACACGCGUGUAUUGGGUCACGUGGAUCCCGUCCAAGGUGGCCAGUUUCGACGUACUCAGGUGUACGUCGGUGGUCACAUCCCUCCUGGUCCUGGUGACAUACAUUAUCUCAUGGAGGAGUUUGCGUUGUGGUUAAACAGCGAGAGGGCUAUUCGAAUGCAUCCUGUCAGGUACGCGGCUCUGGCACACUACAAAUUGGUGCACAUACAUCCAUUUUCAGACGGCAACGGAAGAACGUCUCGUUUGCUGAUGAACAUGAUCUUAAUGCAGGCUGGUUAUCCGCCGGUUAUCAUUCACAAGCAGCAUCGACACACUUAUUAUGAAAAUCUUCAGAUUGCGAAUUCAGGGGAUGUUCGGCCGUUCGUUAGAUUCAUCGCCGAGUGUACCGAGCAAACGUUGGAUCUGUUCUUGUGGGCGACCAGUGAGUUUUCCAGGCAAGUUCCCGCUCUUAGCCAAGAUACCCUGUUUACCGAACGGCAGGACACGAUCGCUUUAGAGGAUGAUGGCAGCGGUGAGGACAGCUUGGACGACGACUGACACCUGUACGGGUGAAUUGUCGCGGAAUUUCACGCGACGUAUCUUUAGUAUUUUCACGACCAAAGAAUUCUCUGCGCGUUGAUUCGCGCAGAGAAACCCAUGAUCGUCGACGAGUCGACGGUACAAAUAUGCUUCCGUUACACAAAAGUUUCCGUUCCGCUCUAUCGUACAUUUUUUGUCGCGGUUAGAAUAAAAUGCAUCGCAGAAACGCAUGGACGUUACAAAAUCCGAUCAAAGACUGUGAUCUAACGUAAGAAUCUUUGUAAGUAGUAUAUUUAACAGGGAGGAAGACUUUUAAACGUCGGUAGAUCUAUCUUGCCGUAAAACUAAGUAUCGCGUGUAGAUAAAUGCAAAUCUUACUUGCUGGUCAAGUUAUUUGCUACGUAUAGAAGAAUGUAAAUACGUACACUGCUUUUAAUAAAUACGUUAUUUUCGAAA